AUGCUUGGACUACCUCCGCAGGCGGAUGGACGACCUACGACCGGAGCAUCGGCACGACGGCUCGAUUUGGGCUUCGCAGACGCUCUCGCCCCAAAGCCCAAAGCCGAAGGGGGCCCACAUGGCGGGCUCGUGGAGAGUUGCUUCCCCUUCGGAGGGGUGUCUCAUUCGGUGGAGCCCAGCGCUGCAGCUGCAUCCGGCUGUCGCCUCGUCCACAUUCUUCGCGCCGUCGCGGUUUCACCCUCCAAUGGAAUGCACAUGAACCUGCUGGACCAUCACUGGGCGACUUUCGAUGCAAGAGUCGCAUACUCCUCGGUUGUCGCCAAACCCGACGCAGUCUGCCGGGGGUGGCCUGGAUGUGAAGAGCUGCCCCCGUUGCCUUCCCUCCCAUUCCAACCAUGCGCCCCAUCCAGAGCUGGUCUGGCUCCGCUUUGGGGCUCGUCCGUCCGCGUCGCUGACUCGUCGAGCACUUGCCGCCGUCGAUUCGGGGCCCAUGGGUCUUUUGCGAGUCUCUCGCCGCGAUGGCAGGCCUUUCCCAUUGAUGGAAUGCCGCUGACAACUCCACUUGCGACCGCUCGCCGGACUCCCGCCAUCAACGUGGUCCAUGUCUCAGCAGGACAUCUCGACGUCAAGACGCCCCAGCGAUGGCGCCGCGAUGGCAAAUGA